CCACUGGUACCAGGUUAUAAUGUAGGUUUAGCGAAAUUCCUCAGCAUAGCAUUUCAUUUUUUGUUAUUUGUUUCUUCAGUUUUUUCUUUUGUUUCCAUAGUGAUAAUUAUGUUGUUCCUUUGUCUAUGUCUUCAAUGUUCACUGUUUGUCAUUAAUGUUUGUAUGCUGCUGUCCUCUUUUCCUUUCAGCUUCUCCCUUCAGAAGUCGCCACAGCGGAUCAUCUUCCUCCAUCUCACCCUGUCCUCUGCUUCCUCUUCUCUCAAACCUACAAACCUCAUGUCCUCCUUCACCACCUCCAUCAAUCUCCUCUUUGUCCUUCCUCUCCACCUUCCGCCUGGCAGUUCCAACCUCAACAUCUUCCUACCAAUGUACUGGCUCUCUCUCUCCUCUGUACAUGUCCAAAGCGUCUCAAUCUAGCUUCUCUGACUUUGUCUCCUAGACACCUGACUACAGGUUCUGUCCCUCUUCAACCCAAAUUCCCAUUGUGGGAAAAAUAAAAGCAGCCUGGUCUACUGUACACAAGACAAACUACACGCUGCAUGACCUUGGGCUGACUUUUAUGAUUUGCUCAACAUCGGGAGUGUCUUUUGAGUCUGUCUGGACCUAGAGGGGAAUAAUGCUGUGUGUUCCUCACAGUGUGUCCGUCCUGUGAAGCCUGCCUGGACUCCAGUAUCUCGUUUUUCUAUCUUGUCACUGAGCCCUUUUGGCAGGAAUGUUUGCUGUUGGUCUGGAUUUAUUAAGAGCCAGUCAUCGAUCCGAAGCCGUCAGUAGAAAAUGUACCACUCCCAUCAGCUGACGACUGUUUAACAAUCUAGAUCUGUCGUCCUUUUGAGUUUGCCAUCCAAAGCCUUUGUGACCGUAUCUGCCCGCGCUUGGCUGUGCCAUGCCAACUAACCAGUUGCCACCCUGGGUCUGUGGGCAACUCAGAAAUUGCGCCAAAACUGUCCAUCCUACCACAGUGCCUGCUGGUAAACACGCCGAGACGCCGGCAACGUCCAAACUCCCUAUAAGUCGGGGUUCUCAAGAGCCUUCGGCUGUUACGUCUGACAUAUCCGUGCCUGACACCCCUCCGGAGUCCAAGGCUGCAUUAGAGAAUAAACACACGUCUCCAACUGACAGCCAAAUGAAACGGUCUGCGAUUCCCUCGCAGUGUCUUAAUAAUGUCCGUGAGAGUCAAGAAGCCGCCGUCCUGAUCCAGGCCUGUGACAACUUCAUGGAGACGAAUGCCUCCCCCUGCAUUGCCAAGAACCCCGGCUUUAUUGUGCAGUCGAUGGCUCCCACACAGAAACUACGGUCAGUCCAGAUCUUGGGUUCCCACCAAGCAGAGAAAAAGGAACCGUCAGUGAAAAUGGAGCCUCCGACUGAGAUGUCAGUCAUCAGUGUGUCGCCACCUUUGCAGAAAAAUAAGCCAAUGCCUGAAACUUUGGAUACUUUACCGCCUUCGGUCCAAUCGCAGUGCCUUACCACUCUUUCUGAGCACAAGGGGGCAGUGUUAAGAAAGUAUGCCCGUAACCUGGACGCCACAAAGCUCCAUAGAAAAAGCACAAGAACGAAAAGAAGGUGCCCCAUGGCCAAAUCGGCGACCAAGAACAGCGAGAGGUUGAGCCGGAAAUCAAGUGCUUUAAACAGCCCCCUGCUGGUCGUGGGUCGUCCACCUCCCACUGUGUCAGAGGUCGGCGCUCAAAGUAAGACCCAAACAGCCAUGCAUGCUUUAGUGGGAAGCGAGGAAGGAGGCAUGCCGGUCGUGCCCUGUGCCACUCAGGAUGAGGUGAACUCUUCGCCAGAGACUGUCCAAGGAGCGUUGAUGGGCUCUGUGACCAGCAAGAUAUCUGCCAUUCACUUGACCUGUCAGGGACAAACCAGUUUGGACUCUUCCGUCUCUACGGCUUCUUCUCCCUCUGACAGAGAUGCUGACCAUUCUGGCUGCGAGUCUGUGAUGCAGGUGGAUGUGGAGGAGGAGCUGAAUGGUGAGCUGGAGAACAGCGAUAAUGAGUCAGACAGCCUGUGCAUCAUCAGGCCUUUGCCUCCUUCAUCCCUGUCCCAACUGUCUGGGACCGUGGAGCCGAUGUCCCUGGAAGUGGAGGCUGACUGUGAGGAGAAACCUGCUCUGGUCCAGAGCCUGUUCCCCCUUUUCCCUCCUACGCUCUAUUUUGGCACAGCCAAUGAGAAAGUCGAGAUGCUGCCUGUGGGGAAAAGGCGGCUGUUGAAGUGGAAGAUCACCUCUGUCACUCCAAACAUUGUCAAGAACACCAUCACUAGGUCUCAUUUUAAACCCACCAAGAAGGAGCACAACUGGUUGGGCUACUGGGGUAAUCACAUCAAGUCUGUGGCUUUCAAAGCGAUUGGCGCUCACCAGAAGUUGAACCACUUUCCAGGAACAUUCCAGAUCGGCAGAAAGGACAAGUUGUGGCGCAAUCUGUCGAAGAUGCAACAUCGCUACGGCAAGAAGGAGUUCAACUUCUUCCCGCGGACCUUCGUCCUGCCUCAGGACUUCAAGCUGCUGCGCAAGGCCUGGGAGGAUGGCAGCUCACGGCAGAAGUGGAUCAUCAAGCCGCCUGCCUCGGCCCGGGGAAUAGGUAUUCAGGUCAUUCACAAGUGGAGUCAGAUGCCCAGGAAGAGGCCACUGCUGGUUCAGAAGUAUCUUCACAAGCCCUACCUCAUCAGCGGCAACAAGUUUGACCUACGGAUCUACGUCUAUGUGACCUCAUACAACCCUCUGCGGAUCUACAUCUUCAACGAUGGUCUAGUGCGCUUCGCCAGCUGCAAGUACUCGGCCUCCAUCAAGACACUGAGCAACAGGUUCAUACACCUGACCAACUACAGCGUGAACAAGAAAAAUGCAGAGUACCAGAGCAACAGCGAUGACAAGGCCUGUCAGGGCCACAAGUGGGCUCUGAAGGCUUUGUGGCAAUAUCUGAGUUCCAAAGGGGUGGACACUACUCGCAUUUGGGAGAAGAUCAAGGACAUUGUGAUCAAAACUGUCAUUGCCUCAGAGCCGCACGUCCACUCGAUGAUGAAGCUGCACGUUCGAUCUCAGUACUGCUGCCACGAGCUGUUUGGCUUCGACAUCAUGCUGGACGAGAAGCUGAAACCCUGGAUCCUGGAGGUCAACAUAUCACCCAGUCUUCACUCCAGCUCACAGCUGGAUGUUGCCAUCAAAGGGCAGAUGAUCAAAGAUCUGCUGAACUUGGCUGGUUUCCGUAUACCAGAGAAGGAAGAUGUGGUUGCUCCGUGCACCAGCAGCGCCUCCAGCUCUACCAGCAGUCUAUGCAGCGUCAGCAGAGACAAGACCAAGCCAGAAGUUUCUGCUGAUGAAAAGGUGAAGCAAGCCGUCUACCUCACGCAACGCUACGCUGACCAGGACUUCCUGUCGACGAUGUUGGACCUUCUGACUCCAGGCGACGUCCGGGUCCUUGCAGAGAGCGAGGACGAGCUGAGUCGCAGAGGAGAGUUUGAGCGGAUCUUCCCCUCGCAGUCCUCUUCCCGGUACCUGCGGUUCUUUGAGGUGCCAAGAUAUUACAACAUCCUGCUGGACCAGUGGGAGCAGCGCCACUGGGACACCCGGAGCAAAGGCAUUGGCCUGCUGACGACGCUGUGUCAGAAAGGUGUUCACCUGGGGACCAACGAUCCGGCUCACAUGUGGUCCAAGUGCAGCUACAACUCCAAGUUUACGCCUCGUGAACAACAGGGCGACAUUCCCUCCAGGUCCAGCGUUGUGGUGAGCCGCCAGGAGCAGGUGGAGGAGGAGGAGGAGGAGGAGGAGGAGGACAGCUCAGACCGGGACGGGUCUGUGUCCAGCCCGGGCGUCUCCCAGAGUCCUGGAUCCAGCGUCGCCAGCAGUGCCUGUGCCAGUCCCCUGCCGAGCCCGUGAGGACUCCACCAACAAGCCAACGCUUGGGUCUGACCCGAACCCUUCAGCUUCUGAAAUGACAACAGAAUCUGGUUAAUGCUCCAGCUAAGCCUUAAAAUCUGACCACUGUGUUCGGCUUUUUUAUCUUGAGCUCCCGUCUGUGGUCAAUCGGGUCAGAACCGCUGCAUGUCUUUGUGAAUAAAUAUUGCUGACAAAGUGAAAAGAAUGAUAAUCUAUGCAGAUUUGAAUUUUGUUAAGUGGAAAAGCGACCUGUGAUCUGCAGUUUUUUUUCCUUUUUACGGGUCAGAACUGCUGGGGGUGAAGGAGAGUUUGCAUGAGCGACUGUUUACAAGCUCAAAAGGUUUUGUCUCUCAAGCUCUUCCUCCCUGGAGAUGCAUCCAAGCGAUACAGGAUGCUGUUAUAAUUCUCACCACCAGGAGGCGGUUGAGUGACUAAGCCCUCUACAGUGGCUCAGUCUUGCUGCGUUUUCUGUUAAAUAUCUAACCAUCUAAACUAUGCUUAGCUUCAUCAGUUGAGGCCGCUGUCGCUUCACUGAAGCUCUCUCAGCGCAUCAGUGCUACUGACUGUGACUUGUUUUACUGGUGACCAUCAUGUUAUACCUCACUGGUGUUCAAGGAAUGAGUUUGACUGCACAUAUUCCUUGGUUACCUCAUGUGUUUUUGUGACGUCGUCUGCUCAUGUGGACGUGUGGGAAAGAGGCGAUAUUCACACACGACUGUUGAACGCACAAGUGUCCUUUGUUUACACCCUAAAAAGACGCUUUGCUGCCGUGCCUACGUUUGAGCGACAAAAAUGGCAACUGGAGUUUGUCAUGAAACGCAGAGUAGGGUUUGAACAAGUUGCCUUGCAUCGCAUGUUGACGUAUAAAGGAAUAAAUAAACUUGAAUAUUUUGAACAGAAGUUGUUGAGCAGUUACGCAUGCUUGGAAAACUUCAAGAUCAUUGCUUCAACUAAAACCUCAGAAUGGAGUCACUGAUGUUGCCAUCUGUCGGUUUAACUACUUGAGAGAAUUGUUUUUGCGCUGUACAAGUAGAAUAAUGAUGCGCUAUGAAAACAAACUGGCUGGUGAACUCUUCUACUAAGGGUUCAAAAUCCUGUGACCAACAAUCCAGUGUGUUCCUCUGGUUUUGGGUUGCGACGCAGCUCUGCCUUUGGAUACAUUAUGACUGCCUUCAUAUCAAAGCAAGUUUUGCGUUCUGUGUUCUGUUGCGUAUAUAAGACAUAAUAAAUCAUUGUUAUAUCAAAACUAUUUCAGGACUUGUCGAUAAAAUCCUGACAGUUCUGUCUGGGCGGCAGUCGCUGGUUGAGUUCUGAAGCAGGUGAACAACAUUCAGUUCUGUGAGUUGGAGCUUGAAGUGUAAAAAUAAACCAGUUAUUUAUGCAAAGUAGAUGUUUCUAACAUGUGGAAAGGGCUUUUGUUGCUAUCAAAGUUGUUUUUUUUUUAA